AUGACAGCCGGGUGCCAAGUGCGCAUGCGCAAGAAGCGGUGCUUUUUGUGAAUGGUAAGGCGGUACCUGGGACAUAUGACAGAUCCCAGAACCCGCCGGACCAAUCACAAAGCGCAAGUGCUUCUCGCUCAUGCGCACUGGGCACCCGGCUGUCAUGCCGAGCGCCAUUACAGAAGCCGGGAAGACAGCGCGCGGCUGGAUCGAAAAACAGGUAAGGUCAAACAAAAACUCUGCGGAAGUAAGAGCGGUUUAAAAUUUUGGCUCUUUGUGUCUAACUUGUUCGCCACCCCUGACAUAGCACAAAGGCAUAUACACUUUCACUGGGUGAAUUGCUACUGU